AACCCUGUGCCCAAACACAGUUUCUUCUCGUUCUCCUUCCAUUUUGUUUUCACACAAAAGUGAAAAAAAAUAUCUGAAAAAGCAACAGACGCGUAUUCCGACCGAUCAAACAAAAUUUCCACUAUACAGUACAUAUAAUCAUUAUCGAGAAUUGAGACCCGACCGCCACGACGCGCGCAAAAUUAGGACACGCAUAUACUGUAAACCAAACAGCGGAUAGCACUAGCAUCCCACAUAGAGAGAUAUAGUCAUGGCGCAGAAUAUCAGCCCCGAACAAAGUGGAGGAGCAGGAGGCGGCGGCACCAAGCACAGCGAUGACUCCAUGCCCGUGAAAGACAAUCACGCUGUGAGUAAAAGACUGCACAAGGAACUGAUGAACCUGAUGAUGGCCAACGAGAAGGGCAUCUCAGCGUUCCCCGACGGCGAGAACAUCUUCAAGUGGGUGGGCACCAUUGCGGGACCACGGAAUACGGUGUAUUCGGGGCAGACGUACCGCCUGUCCCUGGAUUUUCCCAACUCCUACCCGUAUGCAGCGCCCGUGGUGAAGUUCCUGACGUCCUGCUUCCAUCCCAAUGUUGAUCUGCAGGGCGCCAUAUGCCUGGACAUACUGAAGGACAAGUGGUCCGCCCUGUACGAUGUGCGCACCAUUCUGCUGUCCAUACAAUCCCUGCUGGGCGAACCGAACAACGAGAGUCCACUGAAUGCGCAGGCCGCGAUGAUGUGGAACGACCAAAAGGAGUACAAAAAAUAUUUAGACGCCUUCUAUGAGAAACACAAGGACACCUAGAGCUUGGCAAUCUUAAUGUCCUAUUUCCUAUGCUCAUAUUGCGGCGUAUUUAUUUACAUAUAGUGCAAGCAACUCCACUCAUCCGAUCCUACUGCCAACCAACAACCAAUCAUCAAUCACCACCGUAUCACCGUAUCGCCGGAUCACUGGAUCAACAGAUCAAUUUCAACAACGUUUAAUGCUGAUAGUUCAUUUGGCAGAAGACCCCGUGUGCAUUUCUUAUGUAAUUGUCGAUCGAUAGACGGAUAAUCUGGUUUUUAUUCUCAUUUUUUUCCUCCCUACAAAUUAAUGAUAUAUGAAUGUAUUGGUAAUGUAAUUUUAAAACUGUCCGUUCUUUAAGAUUAAGCAUAAAUUUUAGUUAAUUGUUUUUAUACGCAUGAUUAUUUUUUGAGAAUGAGUGCGCGCGCCGCCAUCGCCGCCCGCCUUUUGUACUGAUGAUUUUUAAGCGACUGUGCUGCGCCGGCCAUUAUGUGAAUGUUAGCUAAUUUUAGGGCAGCCUCAUCGAUUCGUCAACCAUUCGUCUUAGUAUCUCCAUUUAUGCGGCAUUCUCCCACAAUACUGGUGUAACAAAUUCCAAGUAAUUCGAAUCAUUGUAACAGUUGAGUUAGCUUGAUGUUAUUGAAACCACAAAUAAAACGAAUUAUUGAACUACA